AUGAAUAUUGUCUUUGAACGCAGAAUUAUUGAUACUUCUCCACUUUCUCAGGAGCAUAAGUUUAGGUCGAAUGUGUUGAUGGCAUUUAGUAAUUUAUUUCGACGUUCUGAUCCUAUUUCGCAUAGUUCCAAUUAUGCAUGUGUCGAUGAAAAUUCAGCAACUGAAACAUUAUUAGACGAAUUGGAAUCUCAAUGUAAACACUAUUUUGGUAGAAAUUCCAUAUCAGGCGGUCACGCAAAUAGCGCAUCAGCAAUGAAACAUAAUUCUGAACAAAUCAAUAUCCAUCCAGAUUAUUCAGGUAAACGUCAUUCAUCGGUCGAUUAUAGUUGGCUUAGUCCGACAAGUCUUCUUCAAUCUACCGAUACUUAUCAUUUACCAGAUAUACUGAAAGUGGAAUUAACAGAACUGUUAAAGAAUGUACCAUGCGAAGAUUGUUCGAUAUUAAUAACAAAUUUUCGACGUGCUCUACGUCAUCCACCAUUAUCAAAGAGCUCACCUGAAUCGGUAAUAGCCAUAUUUCGUACAACGAUAGCUGAAUAUUUGGAAACCAAACGAAAACAGGCGCAACAAUUUCAACAACAAAAUUCAUCAUCAAAAGACAAUUCAAAAUCCACAAUAUCAAAUAUGAUCCGACAUAAUCGUAUAUUACCAAAGACUAAAGAUAAUGAACUCUGCUCAGAACUUACUGAAAUAUCGAUAACAUCAUCCUCAACUGAUGAUAAGAUAAAAACGAAUUCACAAUGA